UUUAUUUCGUUCGUGCUUUAUUUCUUGCAUUGUGUGUGCGUGUGUGUGUUGAAUUCUUUUUUCCGCUGCUGCAUCGGUGUGUCUGGAUUUGAUGCCGACUAUUUGGUUGAAUUGUCUUCAUUGAAAAGUUAUUUUCUAAAUUCAACAGAAAACUAUUGAUUUUACCUCGUAAUAAAAAUUGAAAAGAUCCAUUCUGCCGAUUCAAAUUUGUGUGUGUGGCGCAUUUAUUUUAUACAAUUUUCAUUGUUUAGUUUGAAUGAAACACUUGAUUCAUCAUUAAUCAGCAAUCAUGGCCGAAGGUGAUUUAAUACAAACUGACGAAGGGAAAAAAUUUCAAUCCAAUGGCACUGAAUUGGAUGAACAACAACAACAACAACAAUCGACACAAGAACCACCCACAAUGCCCGAAGAAGAACCAGAGCCAGAUUUUGAUGAUCCAGAAGAUUUUAUUGAUGAUAUUAAAGAUGAUGAGCUCAUUGGUGAUAUUCUCAAAAAUCGACCGAAACAAGAUUUCGGCUUGAAAAGUGUCAUCAUUGUUGAUGGCAUACCGAAAGUAUCGCCUGAUCGUUUUGAGAAACUUCGUACUGUUUUGAUGCGUUUGUUUUCUAAAUGUGGUACAAUACUUAAAGAUCAUUUUCCAUUGGAUGAAAAUCAAUUGACCAAAGGCUAUGUGUUCUAUGAAUUUGAAAAUUCCGAACAAGCACAAGAAGCCGUCAAAACAUUUAAUAAUCAUAAACUGGAUAAAAAUCACAUGUUUUCCGUGAAUAUGAUACAGGAUAUUGAUAAAUAUCUGGAAAUUCCCGAUGAAUUCGAAGAACCAGAAAAGAAACCCUAUGAAGAUCGUGGUAACCUACGUGAAUGGUUACUUGAUCCAGAUUGUUGUGAUCAAUUUUCAGUCGUUUAUGAUGGUGGUGAUACAACAGCCAUCUAUCUGAAUUCGAAUCCUGAACCGGCAUUGAUUCAGAAACGAACAUAUUGGACUGAACAAUCGGUACAUUGGUCACCACUUGGAACAUAUAUGGCCACAUUUCACAAACAAGGUAUCGCUUUGUGGGGUGGACCGAAUUUCGAACGUUUGUUCAAAUUUGCCCACGAAGGCGUCAUAUUUAUUGAUUUUUCUCCAUGCGAACGUUUCCUGGUGACCCUAUCGCAGCCAUUAAUGUUGACGAAUCAGGAAAAUGCCAUCAUCAUAUGGGAUAUCCGUAUGCAAACAAUUAAAAGAACAUUCUAUGCCGAAAAUGUCCAAAGUAUUGCCUGGCCAAUAUUCAAAUGGUCACAUGAUGAUCAAUAUUUUGGCCGUAUCCAUAAUGAAUCGCUUUGCAUUUAUGAAACCGAAACGUUUCUUUUGUUGGAUAAGAAAUCGAUGAAAAUGUCAGGUAUCAAGAGUUUUGUAUGGAGUCCAUCGGAGAAUAUGUUAGCCUAUUGGGUUGCUGAAGAGCAAAAUGUGCCAGCACGUGUAUCGUUGAUCGAGAUACCAUCGAAAAAUGAAGUACGUUCAAAGAAUAUAUUCAACGUUGCCGAUUGUAAGAUGCAGUGGCAAAAUAAUGGCGAUUAUCUUUGCGUCAAAGUCGAUCGUUAUACAAAGGCGAAAAAAGAACGUAAUGAUGCCAAUAAAUACACUGGACUCAACUACUCAUUCGAUCUGUAUCAUAUUCGUGAGAAACAAAUCCCCAUCGAUUCGAUCGAAAUCAAAGAACCGAUCGUGAAUUUUGGCUGGGAACCACAUGGUUCCAAAUUGGCAAUCGUGCAUGGCGAUUCACCAUCAUAUACGAUUUCGUUCUAUGGAAUCAAACAAGGCACUACUGUUACCUUGUUAAAAAAAUUCGAGAAAAAAUUAUGCAAUAGUUUGUUCUGGUCACCAACCGGUCAGUUCAUUCUAUUGGCAUCAUUACGUAGUGCCAAUUAUACAUUGGAAUUUGUCGAUACAUCCGAUUUCUCUCGUACAAACACACAGGAACAUUUCAAAUUGAGUGAUGUUGAAUGGGAUCCAACUGGUCGUUAUGUGGUCACUAGUGUUAGCUAUUGGACCAAUAAGAGCGAUAAUGCCUAUUGGGUAUGGUCAUUCCAAGGCCGUCUUUUACGUAAACAAAUUUUGGAACGUUUAUGUCAAUUUUCAUGGCGUCCACAACCACCAACAUUGUUGAGCGAAGAAAAGAUUAAAGAAAUUCGAAAGAAUCUAAAAAAAUAUGCCGAUGAAUUUGAUGCCAAGGAUCGUAUGGCCUAUUCGAAAUUAUCGAAAGAAAUGAUCGAUAAACGACAACAACAAUUACGUGAAUACAAAGAAAUCUGUGAACGUAAUCGACAGAUUGUUGACAGUCAUCGUGAAGAAUUGAUGCAAUUACGUGAAAUAUCGGAAGAACAAUCACAACAAGAAUAUUAUGAAGAAGAAUAUGAAUUCCUUGUCAAAGAGGAAACGGUCGAACUUGAUUGAUGUUCCCGAUGACAUCAAGUAAAUAACAAUUUUAGCUAUUGGCCGAAUAUGUAAUUCUGGAUUUUUUCAACAUUAUUAUUAUUAUAUUAUUAUUAUAUAAAUAUAAAUUCAACAAUCAACAAAAAAAAUUAAACAGCUGAUUUUUUUUUAUUAUUCAUAAAUAAAAGCUAUCUUUUUCCCCAUUAAAA